UGGGAUCUUUGAUGCAAUAUUACAAGACAUCUAUGUUUUUUUAUGUGAUCAUGUGCAUACUGUUUGUAAUCCGUUUGUCAAUGGGUAGUCACAUGCCUGGCUGCCCACCCUGCAACUGCCCAUCCUUGCUUUGACACCAAAUUUGCAUAGCUCAGCUGCUUUGUUCGCGAUCAGAUCUUGGUUCAGCCGUUUGACCGGCACACGGUACAGUGCUAGAACGGCGGCAAGCACGGAGCCAUUUUCUCUCUCGUUUAUUUUCUACGGCGGGGAGCACAGGGUUAUCGGGAGCAUCUCCUCCGCGCACUCCCCGCCGUGUCCCAUUCCCCGAUGCUUCGCCGUCGCCCAUAUUCAUCUUCCAAAUGAAGCUCACUCCUCCACUGCCAUAGCCGCCCGCCGCGCCAUCCCUGAUUCCUUGCCGUAUCGUUUCGCCCGUCAGAUGGACCCUGAGUCCGAGGUCACGUUCGAGUUCGUGCCGGUGAUCCGGCAGUACAGGAGCGGCCGCGUCGAGCGCCUGCUCCCCGUGGACCACGUCCCUCCCUCCGUCGACGCCGCCACGGGAGUCGCCUCCAGGGACGUCGUCGUCAACCCGGCCACCGGCACGUGGGCCCGCCUCUACCUCCCCGCCCCGGCGUCCCCCGUCGGCGACGAGAGCGGCAGGCUCCCCAUCAUGGUGUACCUCCACGGCGGCGGUCUCGUCGCCGGCUCGGCGGCGGACGCGCCCGAGCACGCGUUCCUCAACCGCCUGUGCGCCCGCGCGCGCGUCCUGGGCGUGUCCGUCGAGUACCGCCUCGCGCCGGAGCACCCCGUCCCGGCCUGCUACGACGACGCGUGGGCCGCGCUCCGGUGGGCCGCCGAGGGCGCCGACCCGUGGCUCCGGGACCGCGGCGACCGCGGCCGGAUGUUCGUGGUCGGGUACAGCGCCGGCGGCAACGUCGCCCACAACGUGGCGCUCCGCGCCGGCUCGGAGGCCGACGCGCUCCCCCGCGGCGCCCGGGUCAGGGGCCUCGGGCUCCUGCACCCGUACUUCCUCUCGGCCGAGAAGGCGGACGGCGAGCACUCGUGGCUGAGGGGCAAGCUGGAGGAGCUGUGGCCGUUCGCGUGCGGCGGGCGCACCGCCGGGCUGGACGACCCGCGGGUCAACCCGGUGGCCGACGGGGCGCCGAGCCUGCGGCGGCUCGGCUGCGACCGCGUCCUCGUCUGCCUCGCCGACGACGAGCUGCGGCUCCGAGGCAAGGCGUACCACGACGGGCUGCUGGGGAGCGGGUGGGCGGAGGGCGACGCCGAGCUGCUCGACUCCGUCGGCGAGGACCACCAGUUCUUCCUCCGGGAGCCCCCGACCGCGACGGCGCUGCUUCUCAUGGACCGGCUGGCCGCGCUCCUCGGCGCCGGCGAGAACCAGCAGUAGACCAGACGUCAGGUGCUGGCACUAGUGCGUUUGGUGUUGUACUAGUACUCUGUUCUACUCUGCGUGUAUCUGGAAUUUUAUGCGUAUGAUGCGUGGAAUAAAACACUCUCAUAACAUAA